AUGCUCGCCCUGUCGUUAUUGCUAUGUGCCGCGGGGGUCAAGGCGAUGCUCGGCUUUAAAAUUGAGGCUAUCAAGAUCUCAGACAAGCAAGCUUUUUGUUCCGACAACUGUGCCUUUGAAGGUGCUUACUUUCUGAACGAUGGGCGUGUGUGCGCCGUGAAGGAACUUGUUGUCCAACUAAACACCGCGGGCUUGGAAAGCCCUGAACCUUACAAAUACACCUGUGCAGAAGCCGCAUUGACCAAGGGCGACCGGUCGACGCGCCCGCGUAAGAACGGAGAAGAACCAAGGAAGUGCCUUCUUGAAGAUAUAGAUGAAUCGUCAGGGUUGCCUGGGGGGAUCCAGUGCGCCCUUGAUAGAUUUGCUGGUGACGGGGUUGAACUUCGACUGGUAGAACAGUUGUCAGAGGUGAAAAAGCUGCUGGGAUUGCCGGCAAGCCAAGAGGCACAAGGAUGCAAAGAAGCCACCGACGGAGCCACACAGAACGAGCCUCGCGAAGUGUCGUUCUAG